AUGUCCGCUUGUCAAGCUGGUGUGCCCAGUGAUACUCUGUCUCCAGUGAUAGAUCCCGCGUCGGUUCCUUUGCCUCCUUCUCCAUGCGCGUCACCCCCAGCGCCAUUUGUGAGGCCAGAAGAGUCCGCUCGGAGGGCGGACCCAACCGUGGGCCCAGGUGAGUUGGAUGGCUCGGCCCGCUCCAUCCCCAAACAGGAAAUCCUCAGCGCUCCUGAGGAGGGAUCGAGGCCCCCGGUUGCACCCAUCGCAAUGCCGGUAUCUCCACCAACAUAUGGUGAUACCCCCUCGAUCGUAUUUGAGGAAUUUGCCCGGCGAUAUCUUCAAAGUCGCCAAAAGCGCAUCCAAAGCCGGCGCCUGGACUCUCGUCUGCGCGCGACCAAGGUAUCGAUUGGAGUUUUGUCGCGCAUGAUCCGCGUGGGGAAUACGGUUCAAAGGGGGUUGAUCGAAGCUCUCAAGCAUGACGACAAAUCCAGCUUUGUCACUCUCUACCAGACACUUUUGGACCUUCAGGAGUCGUGCGACUUCAACACGCAAACCCAUGAGGAUGGACACCUGUCCGAUGAUCCAAAGUCGUCCGUGGAUGCUGAAAGUAAUCUUUCCCUGGACUUUUUUCACCAGCUCAGCCCCCAAUCCCAGAUGGACACACUGGAAAUCUUGCAGCGAGUUCGGUCGGAUCCCCAAUUUUUGGUUAAUCGUCUUCGCAGCUUCACGUCCCCUCAACUGGCCGCGUUCGUCUUCCCGGCCUCUUCUUUGGACUCGGGAGAUCCGGCUUUUCCUUCUUCUUUCUCUGCUGCUGGUUCCUCAUCGUCCCGGUUCCGUGGCCAAUACUCAGUGAACCGAAAUUCAACGCAAACUGUCUCUUUCAAGAACCAUGCGUAUGCCUUUGAACGGACGGAUCCUUUGACCGUUUUGCUUUGUAAUGUGUUUGCUGCACCGUUGGAAUCCGAGUCUGCCGAGUCCAGACUCCGGCUGGAUGUGUGGUCGACCGUCUGCGCGCAACUAAUCUCCCACGGCAGCAGUAGAUAUUUUCCUUUAGUCGGUCAGGUCCUGUCAUUCUGGGCCACGGAUCAGAAUUGGAAAGCCCGGCCCAAGUUCGAGCUUUAUUUGAUGGAUGUUCUACAAACGGGUGCAUUCCUUUUGGAAUACACAGCUAGCCCAGCUGGUUUGGAUUUUACUCCGGAAGCUUUGGACCCUUUACGCACGGAUGUGGCCGAGGAGUUUUUUGCCUCUGCAAUGGACGGCCUAUUUGAUAUGCUGGAUGACCCUGACGGCGGAUUUCCCAGUGCGGUCUUGGGCUUUGCUCGAGCGGUUCUUCAGAAAUUGGAAUCGACUGACAGUCGCAGCCGUUUUCUUGAGUAUCUUUUCGUGCAGUGGUUUUUCCCCAAAUUCCUCUACGGCGCCUUGACAUAUCCCGAGACCCACGGGCUACUACUGGAUUUCCAUAUCCGCAAAGACGCCCGCGAAAAGUUGCUUGGCCAAGUCGGGCUCCGUGCAUAUUCUCAAGUUUUUGCUGUCCUACGAUCAAUGCAUCAUGUGUCGAUACUUCGCCCCUCGGUUAAAGCGCAUGUGGACAAUAUGCUGUCUCGGUUCGAGGUCGACCAUUCAUCUGCACAGCCCUCUGCAAAGUUGCCCGUCGAGGCCAAGGCGGGGACGAACUGCAAUUUUGGCGAUGACACAGCAGCAAACUUCCUCCUUUUAUCGUCAGCCGAUGUAAUCACAUUGUUAGAUGCUCUAUUUCCAAAGCUAGGAUCCCCGGUCAAUCCAUCGUCAGCGUACGCUGGCAUCCCAUUGAAUGUGACCUGGACCGGAUCGCGAGUUGCAUUACCGACAGGGGACGAGAACGCAAGAUCCGAUCUCGGGCAACCUUGUCCGCCCACAUUUCGAAAUACACAUUCCACCCAGGCAGAUUCAUCGCCUGUGACUCGCUCGAACGAUGAGAUCUUUGAGGCUGCCGCACGGAUUCGCUUUGAGAUGAGCGAUCUAGAUGAGCCGAGUGAACGCAUUACCUUGGACCACCCCGCGGAAGAACAUUGGACACUAUUUCCAGUGAAAUGCGUCGGCCGUGCGGUCGCGGGCAUUGUUACGGCUGGCCAGCCAACAGCGGACAGUGAGUAUGACACUCCCCGCAUCGAGCAGAACCAGGCGGACAAUCGCGAAGCCUUGCAGAAGGCUAUUAUUCGUCUUGUCCGUGAGGGUCACUGGCAUCAGUCAGGAGAAUCAACCCAAAACAUCCUGGACUCAAGGGUGGCCUCGGCGACACUACGGCAACGAUUCAAUCAGGCCAUGUUCUCUGCCCAGCAUAACUCGGACUUUGUCAGUGCCCAUUAUUGGUGGAAUGCGUCACGGCAACUGUGCCAACCUUCGAGCUUUGUUCCGUCGGUCGGCGACAACUGGAUCCUGGAUCCUAUGCACAGAUCCUGCAUGCGUUCGCUGGAACAGUCAGUGGCCAUUAUAGAGCAAUGCGAGAGCGAUUUCUUGCUCUUGGAACAAACCCUUCACCGGAUUCGGGCUCGUGUCAAAUCGUUCAUGGCUACCAUGUCCAAGAUUCGUGUCAAGAUGUGGUACAUGACCGACGUGAAGAACUCUAUGCGAUAUGAGGAAGCUCGAAAUGUGACCACAGCUCUGACCAUGAUUCCGACUGCGCGCCCGCAAACCACAGAACUACCGGAAGAUUCGCGGUCUAGGUUCGGGUCCCGUUCUCUAGGCGGCUCUUUGUUUCAGAAGCCCGAGGUACAGAUACUGAAAAUGAUGACUGCACCCUCAAGUCAAGGUGGCCCCCGAAAAUUGUCCGAUGAGCAGGUUGAUUUGACCCGCAAGUGGCUGGCCCACAGCAAUAUCGACAACUUUUGUAAGGGGGAAGAGCGUAUCCACCGGUUCUGCUAUGAGGUACGUUCGAGCGUCAAUCGGCUCGUAGGGGAAACCAUGGCAGAGACUCCCGUCCUUUGGGCAAGUGAGUUGUUUCAAAGAGAGCGCGUGAGAUACGAUGGCUAUGCAUGCCGACCCUUCCCUGGUCUAUCAAUACCUACAACUCCACGACCAUCCACGGGGGCAAGUGACGAUCAGCCUCACACGCAUCAUCUUUACAGCUCCAAUCUUCCUAUGACUGAUCCGUACAACCGCCCUCCUGACUUGUCCCCUCUUCUGGGGCACAAACAGUCCAUUCAGAGUCUUCUUUCAGACAAGUAUCGAUCCCACCGUGACUUGGCCGCGUUUGAUGUCUCCUCGUUGGGGGGGUCGCCCAGCCGUGCUGCGUCAUCUUCAACCAGCGAUACGUACAGUUCUUUCUGGUCAGCGCACCAAGGCCACUCUACCUACGCGGCCAGCGUAUCCACCGCUUACUCUCGGCCUCCUUCGAUGAUCAGUGACGGCGCUACCCGUCAACCUCGCCAUUCUGAGCGGAAGACACAUGGUAAGGUCGAGUUCAUGGAAGAUCUUCGGCAGCACUUGACAAGCCUUCUCUUGAGCGAUUUGGGCUCUCCCGUGUGGAGUUGCGGUAGUGAGACGGACGCCUGGUUCACCCGUUAUCUUGGCCAUCCGCCGGUGAAAACCCAGAUGCAGAGGAAUGCCUCCUACCAGAGAUUCUACUCAGACUAUCAGAAGAGAUCCAGUCAUCUCGAAAAUCAGCGACGGUCACCCGGAGCGCAACGAAGUCGAUCGCUUGACCGCUCGUGGGGGCCUGCCCAACAAAACCCAUCGGGAGGUGUCCAAGACACUCCUCGAAAAGAUCACCUGCCUACAUUCUCCUAUCAGGCUGUAUUUCGGCGUCUUCUUGAUGUCUUCUCGCGUCAUGGCAAUCCCCUUGUCAAGCUCAACGCUCUCAGAGACUUGCGGUCCAUGGUGAUUGCUUCAUUGAUGUCGCCCGUCGAUGCUACGACAGGCGCUUCAGAGGACGAGACAAGGCACAGGGGCAUUUCCCGGGCGCAACCAACUCGCAGAAGGUUCUCGGAUUCUUGUGCGCCAUCCCGAUUCCAGACAAAUACUGCGUUUCCCUCAGUGAUUCCUUCUGUCUCUGCCAAUUUUGGCUCGAUGCCCUCCGAGUAUACUGUCCCGUCGGAAGAGCAAAUCGUUGCCGCUUUCCGAAAUCUGAUCUUGGAGGUUAAGCCGAAGACUCUCUUCCGAGAUCUACAGUACAUAUCCGCUUUUGUCCCUGCGGAGUACUUCAACAAAUCUGAUGGCCAAACCGCAUUUUUCCAGUUUGGUCUGGCUGCUUUGGCUCUCAAAGGAGAACUAUGCCAUGGCAUGGUGGAAAUUGCAGAUCGGAUCGUCUCUCAAGAGCUUCUGCGCCGACAUCCUCCUCCCGGUGCCGACUUCCACGCUCGCCCGGGCCACGCAAUUGAGGAUGCUGCGGAAAUGUGGAUCAUCGCAGCCAAGGAAGGCAAUCCCAUCGCGCAGCGUGAGUUAGCUAUUCUCUAUCUGACUCAUCCCGAGCGUCUCCAACGGGUCACCUUACCUCUCACUCGGCCACGGGACACUUUUAAGGCAGAGAUGAUGUAUAUGCGUGGGAAAGAUUCCAAGUCCGACCCACAGAGUAUGUGUCUGGCACUGCACUGGAUGCAGCUCUCAGCUAAUGGCGGAGAUGUUCUUGCCCGCAACCGGCUCCGUGAGCGAGAGGAAUUUGAUUCCAUUGCAUGA